AUGCUUCAGGCACCAAAAAAGCUAAGCUCGAUUCGUUGUUAUAGCAAUAACAGAGUACCCAUACGAUUAUAUCAUAUUGAUCAACAUUUAUCAAGACAUGUAGCAAGGCCAAGAAUACCCAUUAGAGUAAACUCAGCAGCAGCAGCAUUACAACAGCAUCAGCAACGUUCGAUAUCAAUCAUACCCACUGUUGUGCGAGUAGCUUUUUCUGCUGCAAGAGUGCCAUUGUUCUUGGCAGGAACAGCUGUGGCAGGAGCAACCGUCGCUUCCAACAAGUUUCAAGAUCUGGCUGAUAUGGGAUCCACGUUUGUCAAUGAUGCGAAGAGUAUACUAAACAGUGUGGGAGAGAGCAUACAAGACAUCGAUAUUCAGAUACCCGAAAUAAACAUCAAAUUGUCUGAUCUCGUGAGCGAUGUGCUAGCUUCUGCUCGAGACAAAACACAAUCCAUCAACCACAUCUUCAACUCGACAUUUCCAAAACGCGAGGAAAACACUAGUACAAUAACUUCAGAGCAAGCAGACACUUCCAUCGAAGAAGCAGUAGCAGUGGAUACCAACAAGGAAUUGCAUGAUUUGAAGCAGCAAAUAAUCGAGGAAGAGGAAGAAGAGGAAGAAAUUGACCAUGAGGCUCUAGCAAAAGACGCAGCAAUGAGGAUGAAACACCAGGACCAUCAGUUUAUUUUACUAUGCAGGAAAUUUGCAAGCAUUCGCAACACAUUGAUGUCUAUUCAGCACCGAGUGAUUCCCUAUAUUCCAUCCAUUGUCAUGAUUGGAUCCAGACAUGCUCGCCAACCCAUCAUUGAGUCCAUUCUCGGGCAACCCUUUGUCUUCACAGACACUGUCUAUAAUAACAACAAAAUCUUGGAAUUUCACUUUAUCAACAAUGCAGAUUUAAAAGAACCAAAAAUUCAGAUCAAUGGAGAGGAAGCCAUGAUGUCAGUUGCUGAAGCCGAGAAAUCCAUACAAAAGCUAGCCUCCACAGCAACAAACGAAGAAGACAUAAUACACAUCUCAAUACAUGGAUCGGAGGUGCCUUACCUCAACCUUUACGAUAUACCCGAGAGUCGUGCACUAUGCGAGAAAUACAUUGGACGUAACCUCCACACAGUCAUAAUGGCUGUCUAUGAUACAUCACGACCCAACACAGAAAGUGCCACCACUAAAUUAUGCGAGAAAUAUGAUCCUCUAGGUAGACGCACAGUAGGCAUCUUGACAAGCAGUGCAACCAUCGAUGACGAGACAUUCACUGAAGCAAAAGAAGAGCCAACAGAAUUGGAUUCCAGCAUCAUACCAGCAUCUUCUGUGGUCAGCAAGUAUCGCCCACCACUCAGCCUUGGCUACAUUGACAUGACACACGACACAACCGAUAUAGAAAAAGAGCAACGUCUCUUGCGCCACCAUCUCUUUGGCAUCAUUGAACAAUUGAUGGGUCGAUCUAUCUACAACAUUGCUGACUCAAUACAGAGCGAACUCGAGGAGACAAGCUAUCUCUUUAAAGUGAUUUACAACGACCACGAAAUGACAGCAGCCUCUUACGUGACAGACACAAUGGACGAAUUGAAGCGUGGAUUUAAACAGUUUGCUUCCUCAUUAGGAAAGCCUCAACUACGAGCAGAAGUGCGCCACUUGUUGGAGCAAAAUGUGCUCAAUGUAUGUGCUGAGCAAUAUUGGUCGGAUGCAAAGAUAUUGGAAUUAGCCAAAGCAGAUGCUGAUGACUUUUACUGGCUUUACAAGAUGGAUUUAGCAUCAGCCGCCAUCACCAAGAGUGGUAUUGGCCGCAUUACAACACAACUCGUCAUGCAUGUGAUUAUGAACAACAUGCAGCAUUUGGUUAAAAUGGAGCCUUUCCAGUACCAUCCGCAGGUACAAAAGCAAAUUGUCGAUCUGACUGGCGAGAUGCUGCGACAGAAGUUCUUGGCAACAAGCGAUCAAGUGGAAAACACCAUUAAACCCUACAAAUAUGAAGUGGAGGUUACCGACGAAGAAUGGAAAGACGGCGUCAAGCGAACCAUCAAACUGCUGGAAAAGGAAUUAAACAUGUGCGAAGAUAUGCUCUGGACACUGAAAAAGAAUAUUGGACGAAAGAGAUUGCGAAGUGCCAUCAAACGUGUUCUCGAUGAGGAAAAGGUACUUCCCGCUGAGCAAUCAGAACAAGAAGAUGACACAGAAGAACAACAGCCGCAUCGCAUUCUGGAAAAGGCAAAAGAAGCUUUGUUUUUGCAAGAUCGAGCCAUGAUUAUCAAGUAUCGACUAGCUGCCCUGAAGAGUAGGCAAUGCAAAACUCCAGAUAACAAACAAUACUGUCCUGAAGCUUUUUUAAAUAUCAUUGCCGAGAAACUGACAUAUACAGCGGUCAUGUUUAUUCAAGUGGAACUUUUGAACGAUUUCUUUUUCAAUUUCCCACUGGAUGUCAUUGAUGAUCGCAUCGUUCAUCCAAUGUCAAUGGCUCAGAUCGACAAGUUUGCCAAGGAGAAUCCAUCCGUGCAAAAGCACCUCAUUUUACAAGAUCGCAAAACGAAACUGGAAAAUGUGAUGGACAUGCUCAACUACCUUGUUAAGCGACAUGACAUCAAUCCACCCAGCAAAUACUAG